AUCCAAUACUCUAUGGAAUUUCAAACCGUGGAAAAGAAAGAAAGGUCACUCUAGGAUGAUUGUAUUUCUUUCACCAGUAUUUUAAAGUUUAAAUAUGAAUGACAUUAAGGCACUUUUUAUAUUAUCUGAACAAAUUAAGUUAUUUAAAAAAUUAGCGGACCCUCCCUCAAAUUAUGACGGGUUUGAAACUUACGAGACCAGCAUUAAACAGGUAUUGGGCGGAGCCUCGAAUGCGGUUGCAAAAGUUAAGGCUUAUGUCGAACAAGUUGAAGCGAAACUUGACGAACUGAGGAGUUGUCCACAAACAUUAGUGAAGAAGAACCAAGAUGCCAUUGAAAAAAUAUUUGGAACAUUUGUACCCGGUGAAGGUGGACCGAUUAGAAAAUCUGCGCUUGCUAAACUUGAGAUGGCUCAUAAAUUACAGAAUUUAUCAAAAGAUAUAAUAAAUGAUCGUCUUAAUGAAUUGAUACAAGAAACAGAAAUUGUCUGCGCGAAGUUAAAAGAUGGCACAGAUGUUUGGUAUGAUGACAUAGACAAUCUGAAAGGUUGCCUCCAAAGUUGGAGAGAUGCAAAAGCAAAAAGUUUCGAAGAAGAGGAAAAAGAGCGAUUGGAGGAAGAGCGGAGAAAAGCUGAGGAACAAAGAAAAAGGCGUGAAGAAGAAGAAAGGAAACGAAAAGAAAGAGAAGAACAGGAAAGAAAAGAAAAGGAAGAGCGGGAGAGAAGGGAAAGAGAAGAAGCCGAGCGAAAGGCUGAAGAGGAACGAAAACGAAAAGAAGAAGAAGAAAGACUGAGGAAAGAGGAAGAAGAAAGGAAGAAACGAGAGGAAGAGGAACGCAUCAGGAGGGAAGAGGAAGAAAAGAAAAGACGAUUAGAGGAAGAACGAAAACGAAGAGAAGAAGAAGCUGCCAGGAAGAAAGAGGAAGAAAGACAGCGUUUAGAGGCUGAGAGAAGAGAAAAAGAACGAUUAAAGAAAGAAGCAGAAGAAAAGGCAUGGAGAAGAGACCCAAAUAAUUGGGAUCCUGUAGCAUAUAACAGAGACUGUGGCGAAGUAGAUGGAAAACGUGCAUACCAUAAUGGUAUAUCGUGUGUCAUGGCCUCCCCACCAGGUGGUAUCGGCAAAGAUGACCUCGAAUGCAGUGCAAGUGAUGAAGUUGAUUCAAUUAUAGAAGUCCUUGAAACCGACGAGAAACCUGUGAGCUCUUUAAUCGAAAUAAAGUCUACAAAAGGGACGCUUAAAACAGAGGUACCAUCCAGACUCUAUAUUCCGAAUUACUCUCUGUAUAGUUCAAGUGACGAAACUGUGGUUAAAGUUUCUCUGAAUGGGGCAGACUGGAUAAUUGUCGCACCAUUGCCGACGACAUCUAAAAUGGAAGAGCAAGAAAAACUGGUGAAGAAGCUUGCAGGUAUUGACGUUAAUGACUUCUCGUCUCUCAAAGUAAUUGUUGUAACUCGGCCGAGAUGUCAAAAUAUCAUAGUUGACAGACCUGGAAUUUCAGUAUACUCUACGAUGGAUAAGAAUGUUAAACUCUUUGUUCCUAGAAAUGCUUUUGAGACCAAAACGGAGCUAAAACUAAUGGUACAAUCGGUUUCUGACAAUUCGCUUUCAUCUUUUGUGAAAGAUAACUCAGAGUUAGAAAAUAUUCUUGCUGUCAGUUCGGUUGUAACUCUGAUAUGUGGAAGACACCCGAAAAAAGCGAUCGAGGUAGACUUGAUAAAAUCAUCUCAGAAACAAAGCAAUGGAAAAUUUCAACGUGGAAAGACGUAUCAAAUGUAUACAUCGAAGGACAAGGUAUGGAAAUUCGCUGAUGUUGAAUAUAAAGGUCACCAAGACGAUCUGACAGUGAUGCUUCCGCCUGGCAGAGAAAAAUAUACCGUCAUGGAGUUAGAUAUGCCAUCAAGUUUUCCCAAGGAAAACGUUCCACAAAUAGCAGAGGCCUUGCACAUGUGUAUUAACAAGACAGCGGUUGUAAUGGUCGCAAAACAGCACGAGAAUGAUUUGAAGAAAUGUGAAGUGAGAAUCAUCAGACGGGAUAUUUUGAAAGACACAAUGAUAUAUCUCUCUGAAAAUGGAUACACUGAAGGGCCUGAACCAAGCGCCGAGUUCAAUUUACAAGAAGGUCAGCAACUAGAGAUUAUCUGUACUGGCAAUAUAGAAGAUGAGUCAAAAACUGAUACUAAUGAAAGAUUAACGUAUUUGUCCUACAUGGGUGGAAUAACGGGAGCACUGUCACUACGAAUCAAGGAUACUUGGAAACAGAAGGAUCUUCCAGCGUAUGUUGGUACACUAAGAUGUACAGUAUUUAAGAAUACAGCAUCUUAUGACUCGUCGUUGUCACGUUCAGUAGAGUUAACAAUAUCCUUACCAAAGCCAGUAAGGCCGCGAACAGCAAUAGGCGUUGCAAGAGUCAGAUUCCCUUAUUACUUGACAUCAUUGACAUCAUAUCUUUCUCAUAUGUUGCUUAAAGAUGACAAACAUAUUUGGGAAUCCGUCUUGAAGUCAUUACUUGGUGAAUCCGAAUUUAGUUCUGGGCACAGAAUAGCUAAGAGAAAGUUCGUAGACGAUAACGAAGAGCAUAUUUGCAAAGCAAUGCUUUUGGACUGGAUGAAAGCAAAAGUUGUUCACGAAGAUAAGUUGCAUCCGAUAACACAUGCCUUGAAGUAUAAUGGACAAAAAGACAUUGCUGAGUUAUGUGUGCAUUUUGUCAAUUUCCAGAAAGAACAUCUUUCGGAUGCCGUAAUGACAGAGAUAGCGAAUAGUGCAACAAUGGAUCCCCGUACGUUAGGACAACAACUUGAUCUAGACAGCAAGGUGAUCGCAAACUGUAUCAAGCAGCAUCCAAACGACACAAAAGGUCAAUGUUCCGCCAUGUUAAUGGAGUGGAGGGAGACAGAUGGAGUUAUCAAACACGGCGAAGAUGCACAGGAAUACUUGAGAACCGUAUGUAGUUCGAGUAGUUCGAGUCAACAAAACAUUAUCACCAAUGAUAGUCACGAUGAUGACUUAAGAAGCGACGAACCUCAUGUCGACGAUGAAGCUGAUCAGAAAGAACAAGAAGAACAAGGAGAUGGACUUCACGAAGAACAAGGAGAUAGACUUCACGAAGAACAAGGGGAUAAACUUCACGAAGAACCAGGAGAUAGACUUCAAGAAGAACACAAAGAUACAAAUCACGAAGAACAAGGAGAAAGGCUUGAAUGAUUCAAUGCUAAAUAAAAAGCAAUCCCCAAAAAUCUAAACACAAUAUAUGAAACCCGCAUACUGGAAACUCUAUCAAUAAAUUGACAAUGCCAAACUUUACUGAUGAAAGAUAACGUGAUUGUGAUUAGGUAAAAGAGGAACACAACAUAUGAAACAAUGUUAAAUUUCCAGGUGAUACAAAGGCUGAGCCAUUGAAAGCAAUGUUAUAUGUAUGUAUCUUCGGGGGAAGGGUCAAUAACUGAUAAAUUUCACAAAAAGUAUCUUUUAAGAUACAACAUUUACAUUACUAAACACAAUUUUCUUUCAAUUGCAAGAACUGUCUUGAAAACUGUUUCCAUUUUGCGUUUUAAAAAGUCAUCGUUCGUUUACAACAAUAAUCAUACACAUGUAUUAACAAUAAUUUAUGCCAUUUAUGUUCAACGGAUACAUAAAUCUAUAAACAUAUUUAGCCAUAAAAGCAUUAAUUUUUGUAUAACAUUGAAUUAUUUUCAGUAACGUUAGUUUAAAAGGAAUAAGGCAUACGGAAUAUCUCCUUUCGAUCUAAAAUCUAAACAUCUCAGUAAUAAUCCUAAAGAAAACUGAAAAUUGCUUUAUAAAACGAAAACGGCGAAACAUUAGUCGGGUGAUUUUGAAAAGAUUUGUAUAAAUCAAAUGAUCAUUAUUCAUUAAUUAUUUAUACAUGGUUCAAUUAUUCAUGAAUCUCUUGCUUAUUUUUUCAUUAAUCUAUUGAUUACGAAAUAACAUUACUAACUGCACAUUGUUAUUGAGUCUUUCUUUUAAAUCAUAUAUAUUGUCAAAUGUACAGUAACAUUGUUUUUUAUUAUCAAAAGCAUCAAUUUUCGUCUGUACAAUUUAUAAGUGAUUUUUAUAUUUCUUAUUUAUAAACAUAUUUUAUACAUAAUAAAUGAUAUA